AUGAAGAAAACGCAACAGGAGUAUGGAUUUGAUCAUACUGGUAUUAUCAUUGGUAAGGUCGUGAAUACAGACAAAAAGUUCCAGUUGGACUUUGAUGGCAAACUUUACCACUUGCGUGCCGACCUCCAGAGUAGCGGCCAAAAGCCAUGGUACAAAACCUGGCUUCUGCACCUCAAGGAGGUCAGUGGACAGUGGGAAGAAAAGGUCAAGCACGCUAACGCGGCCGCUAACAAGAGUAGUGAUAAUAACGGCAACAAAUGGCAAGGCAAACGAAACGACUGCGAAGAAUAUGUCAAGGCUUUUGAGAAGGCACUGUAG